CUACGGGAACCACAAGCAGCUGAAGGCUUGAGCAUCGCAGUAUCGCACUCGUGGAAUCUCCUCCCGUCCCAUCUCCUCUCCACCGGCGAUGCAGCAGAUGAGGUCCGCCGCCGCCGCCCCCUGCUCCCUCGCCGCCAUGCUCCUCCGCCGCUUCGCCUACACCUCCUACUCCUCCUCCUGUGGGCCCAUCCGCCGUCACGCCGCCGUUGCCCUCUCCUCCACCACCACCACCACCACCAGGUUCGCCGCCUGGUCCCCUCCUCCUCCUUCGGGCGGCGCCAGGAGCAGGGGGUUCGCUGCCUGGGCGUCGGCGCCCGGGCCGGCGGGGUCCACGGAUUCCCCCGCCAUGCAGGCGCUGGAGACCAAGAUCAAGGAGCAGCUGGAGGCGGACACGGUCACCGUCGUCGACACAUCUGGCGACGGCCGCCAUGUCUGCAUAGAUGUAGUUUCCAAGGUAUUCGAAGGGAAGUCUGCCGUAAAUCGGCAGAGAAUGGUUUACAAGGCUAUAUGGGAGGAGCUCCAAAGCACCGUGCAUGCUGUGGACCAAAUGACGACCAAGACGCCUUCUGAGGCUGCUGCCAACCAGUAGCAAGCAUCUGCUUGAGAUAAAUUUGGAGUGCCACAGUGGGAACUGUUGUACUGGGACCUGACCAUUGCCGAGAGGGAUCACGAUUCUUUAUAUGUACACAACUGAAUGGUUAAUAUUUUUUUUUUGAUACGAUUGGCAUGGCUUCAAGCGUUCAGAAAUAUAUUCUAUGGUAGUCUUAGGAUUUACCUUUCAGAUUUCCAGGGCAGGAAAAUUUUGAAUAUUUUUAGGCAACAAUAUUUUGAUGUUAUGGUGCCCAAACUCACUAUGCUUGUCAUGCGGCUCCGUAGGCUUUUUGAAUGGGAUGUCACUAUCGGGAGCAACGAAUUGGCUAUAAUUUUAGUCGGCCUUGUAUUGAA